GGGGCGGUGACGUCAGCGCCCGGCCCGGUGCGGCGCGAGGCGCCUAUAAAGGAGGAGGCGGCGGCGGGGCCGCCCCCCGCGCUCCCGGUGCCGCUCCGCUCCGCUCCUGCUCCCGCGCCCGUCCCGCUCCGGCCCGGCAGCACCAUGAGGGAGAUCGUCCACAUCCAGGCGGGGCAAUGCGGCAACCAGAUCGGCGCCAAGUUCUGGGAGGUGAUCAGCGACGAGCACGGCAUCGACCCCAGCGGCAACUACGUGGGUGACUCCGACCUGCAGCUGGAGCGCAUCAGCGUCUACUACAAUGAGGCCUCUUCUCACAAGUACGUGCCUCGCGCCAUCCUGGUGGACCUGGAGCCGGGAACAAUGGACAGUGUGCGCUCGGGAGCCUUCGGCCACCUCUUCCGCCCUGACAACUUCAUCUUCGGGCAGAGCGGUGCUGGGAACAACUGGGCCAAAGGCCACUACACGGAGGGGGCCGAGCUGGUGGACUCAGUGCUGGACGUGGUGCGGAAGGAGUGUGAGAACUGCGACUGCCUGCAGGGCUUCCAGCUCACCCACUCGCUGGGCGGCGGCACUGGCUCCGGCAUGGGCACCCUGCUCAUCAGCAAGGUGCGGGAGGAGUAUCCCGACCGCAUCAUGAACACUUUCAGCGUGGUGCCAUCCCCCAAGGUGUCAGACACGGUUGUGGAGCCCUACAACGCCACGCUGUCCAUCCACCAGCUGGUGGAGAACACGGAUGAGACCUACUGCAUUGACAAUGAAGCUCUCUACGACAUCUGCUUCCGCACCCUCAAGCUGGCCACCCCCACCUAUGGCGACCUUAACCACCUCGUGUCGGCCACCAUGAGCGGUGUCACCACCUCUCUCCGCUUCCCCGGCCAGCUCAACGCCGAUCUCCGUAAGCUGGCCGUCAACAUGGUGCCCUUCCCACGUCUCCACUUCUUCAUGCCGGGCUUUGCCCCGCUGACGGCCCGUGGCAGUCAGCAGUACCGCGCUCUCACUGUCCCUGAGCUCACCCAGCAGAUGUUUGAUGCCAAGAACAUGAUGGCUGCCUGUGACCCCCGCCACGGCCGCUACCUUACCGUGGCCACCGUCUUCCGUGGCCGCAUGUCCAUGAAGGAGGUGGAUGAGCAGAUGUUGGCCAUCCAGAGCAAGAACAGCUCCUACUUCGUGGAGUGGAUCCCCAACAACGUCAAGGUGGCCGUCUGUGACAUCCCUCCCCGGGGGCUGAAGAUGUCCUCCACCUUCAUCGGCAACAGCACGGCCAUCCAGGAGCUCUUCAAGCGAAUCUCAGAGCAGUUCACGGCCAUGUUCCGCCGCAAGGCCUUCCUCCACUGGUACACAGGCGAGGGGAUGGACGAGAUGGAGUUCACCGAGGCCGAGAGCAACAUGAACGACCUGGUGUCCGAGUACCAGCAGUACCAGGACGCCACGGCCGAGGAGGAGGGCGAGAUGUACGAGGAUGACGAGGAGGAGUCGGAGGCACAGGGCGCCAAGUGAUGCCCGCUGCCCCCCUGCUGCCCGCAGCCCCCCCGGCUUCGUGCUGCUGCCCCCCAGCCGGGCUGUCCCUGCGUGUCCCUUUGGUGUCUCCUGACCCUGUCCCGCCCUGAGCCAGCUCGGCCCCCCCACCCCUCCUCCUGCCUCCCCCUUUUUCUUUUUUUACUGGUUCGUGUCUAUUAUUUUUUUUGAAUACUUAAUAAAUUUAUUGCUGUCCAGGUA